GCUUCUGCUAUGUAAUGUAGUACGUCCACAUUGUGUUUGUGUUAGUAUUUUUGCUGGUUGUUGUAGUUUUAGGCUAUUGUUUAAUUAUUUCAUAACUUAAAUCGAAUUAUUAUAAUGCCAAACGGACCCUAUAGAAAAAAGAGAUUUCACAGAGGAGACCCUCUAAAGAAGAAGUUCAAGACUAAACGUAAAACUAAGGAUCUUGAUGAGAUUGAUCGAGAUCUCAAAGUAGAAUGUGCUGAAAAAUUGCUGAACCAAGAAAUAGAUGUAGAUAAACCUGGAAAUGCACAGUUUUACUGUCUUCAUUGUGCGAGGUAUUUUAUUGAUGACCAUUCCAUGAAAGAACAUUUUAGAACUAAAGUUCACAAACGCCGCUUAAAAGCUUUGGAGAUAGAACCCUACACUAUAGAGGACUCCGAGCGAGCAGCUGGUCAAGGAAGUUUCAUUCAGCCAAAAAAGAGAAAAAUAGAAACACAACCAACAAAAGGGGGUGAAGAAAUGACAGUAGAUCAAUAA